UUACAAUAAUUAAUGACAACAAUUCAGCGUUGUCUCCCUUGUCCGGAAAAGCUUCCACCUUCCUCACUCAACAACUCCUUUGAGGUAAUAGAAAAGAGGGACUUGAAAGAUGUUUUCAGUGGAUCUAUUACAUGUUUUCCAUCUUUUGGACUGACACUUCUAUGCAGUUAACGUAGAACUCUGUUUAAAAGACUUUUCAUUUUUAAAUGAAAUCAAAAGUUUUAAAUUCAAGUAUUUACCUUAGAUGUUCCACCUCUUUGGCAUCGAUCAAAUUUUCAAAUAGCUUUUCCUUGUUUCUGAAGUGAGGUGAAAUUUGAUCAAGUCAGUUCAACGAGCCUCCCAGAAAGGUUUACUCGACACAACCCUUUGUCAAGUGUGGUCGUAAAUUUGAAAUUCAUUGCCUAGAAAAGAUUGUCAGCACGGCAUCAUCAUGUCGGAAAGGAUGGACUCUGUGGAGUCCAUGGAUGACGUGGAUCACCUGUGCGAGGAGAUGGAUGGCCUCACGGAAAUGACUGACCUUGAUGAUAUCCCCACGGCACUCAUUAUUACAAACAUUGACUCCAACAUAUUUGAAGAUGCACACACACAGGAGAUGUUUGAACACGUUUUCCGAGACCUGGACAAGGAUGUCAGUUUCAUCUACUUAAGAAAUUUUCGGAGGGCAAGGGUCCAGUUCUCCUCCUCUGAUUUUGCUGCUAUAGCACGUAUCAGAUAUGAUGGAGUAGCCAUCUGUGGGUCCACCAUUAGAUGCUUCUUUUUGAAGGUUCACCAGCCAAGUACAGACAACACCCACUUACAGCCUCCCCAGCCCCAGCGCAUGUUCCUCAUCUCCCCACCCGCCUCACCACCCGUGGGCUGGGAGCCUAUACCUGAGUCGGAACCCGUUAUCAAUUAUGAUUUACUACACGCAAUUGCGAGGCUUAAUCCAGGUGAAACACACGAGGUGCACCCACCGUCAGGAGAGGCUCCGGCCAUUGUUGUCCACCUAUGUGAGGAUCCCGAAGGGACUCAACCAGAGUUCAAACCCCAGAUCAUACAGACCAAGAGGCCCCCUCAGAUGGGCCCCAGAUGAGCAGGAUUAGGGGAAGGUCCUUCUCCUCCUCUUCCUAUUCCUCCUCCGCCUCCUCCUACCCCUCCUCCUCCACUUCUUCGUCCAUCUCCUCCACCUCCUCCUUCUCUUCAUCCUCCUCCUUCUCCUCUUCAUCCUCCUCCUCUUCCUCCUCCUCAUCCUCCACUUUUCCCUACAUAACCUUCAGAUCUAAGACACUGUCCCAUCCUAUUAUUGUGAGAUGGACAGGUUGAAAUGAAGUGCUCAUCAUAGCAUAUGUGGCUAGUGUGUGGGCGAUUCCAUUGAUUUAUCUUAUUCCUGUGUCAUGUGGUGACUAUACUUUUAUGUCAAAAGUUUAUUUAUAACUUUUUAUUUUGUGACAUGCGUCAUGGGAACUUGCAAUUGACAAUCAUGUCUCCAUGAAAGUUUGAUCUUCAUGAGAAGGGCAGUACCAAAGAGUAAAUUGUACUUUGCUGUUGGCUGUCUUAGGCCUACAAGUGCACAUUCAUAAAUGUAAUGGGUUUGUUUUUACAUCAUAUGAUGAUUGGUGAGGGGUUGUAGAAUUGCUUUUUUGUGUUUGUUCGUAACAAAUCAUAAUUAAAUCAUAAUUUCAUGCCACGAUGUGGUGUUUGAAAUUUGAAAUCUACGUAUCUGCUUUGCACAAAACAUUAAUCAGUUCCAUUUUUGCAGUUGAAAACAAAGAUUGAGAUUUCUUUGCUGGUUGAUGGGAAAUCAUCGAAUGAUAAUUAGGAUUAUAUGCACCAGCAUUGUGUCCUCAAAGAGUGAAGGUAGAAAAGAAAAGACCACGAGUAUGGAAGGUUAUGAGUAUGAGGGCCAAUUCAAAAUAAUCAGAUCCGAGAGAGAAAGACGAACAAAAUACAAAAAUCAAGUAGAAAUAUACAAUUGAUUAAAACCAGCGGUCUUAACGGCCAUAACAUUAAUACUUUAGACUUUUUUUGUAACCAUGAGUGCAUAUCUGGAGGUUUCGUUUUGAUUUGGGUGUAUAAGCAUUAAAAAAGAAUUGUUUUUCCAUGAAAAGAGAAGGAACAAGGAGGUUUCACUGAGAAAAAGUUUACUCUUGCAAAUUUGUUUCUGGUGAGUUCUCUUGCUUUCAAUCAUUGCUUGAUACCAAGUUUUGUGAGCACUGCACUAUUUAGCAAAAGUGUGAAUGGUUUUCUGCUAGAGACUUUUUUGUAAGGGAAGAAGAGGGAGAGAAUGUGUCACUUUUUCCAGCAGAUAUUAAUCAUGCCCUUUUUAAUUCCAUCGUUUUUGAGUUCAAAGGAUACAUUGUGCUGCUCCUCGAGAUUUCAUCCAUGCUCAUGCUUUCUCAUGUUCUGGCUUUGAGUGUAGCUUUAAAGAAGAAAAAAAAGCUUGAAUCAGUUUAUUUGUUUAGUUUUGUAAAUUGCAACAAAAGUUUUCUAUUAUAUAUUAGAAAUAUAUAAUUGUUUCAUGUUUAUUGGUAUAGGCAGUCAAUCGGAUAAUUCAUGGAAACGAUGAACCGGACAAUGCUUGGUUUUGAUAUAGAAUAGUGGUGCCUGAAAACCCAAAGUAAGUAUUGUAUUGUGCUGUGUGUGGAUUUGGAUCCCACUGAGUAUGG